AUGGCCAAGCUUCUAGACUUUGGCUUCAAUAAUAUUGACCUAUGGCGCUCGGAGGAGAUGCAGCUCGUGCAGCUGAUGGUACCUGCGGAGUCAGCUCAUGACACGAUCGGGGCGCUCGGGGACGUCGGCCUGCUCCAGUUCAAGGACUUGAACGCGGACAAAAGCGCGUUCCAGCGCACCUAUGCCAAUCAGGUCAAGCGCUGCGACGAGAUGGCCAGGAAGAUCCGGUUUUUCCACGACCAGGUCGAGAAGGCGGGCCUGACUAUCGGCAUCCGUGCAGUGGCUGACAAAACCUACGACUUGGACGAGCUGGAGGCCAAGCUUGAGGAGUUGGAGGCGGAGACCCUCGAGGUCAACGGCAACAGCGAGCGGCUGAUGCGGUCCUACUCUGAGCUGGUGGAGCUGCAGCUGGUCCUGGAGAAGGCGGGGUCGUUCUUCGACCAGGCCCGGGUGGAGGCGCAGGUCGCAUUGGCGUGCAAGGGGUAG